AUGAACACCGCCCUCGCCUCAACCUCUAUCCUCCAUGGCCGAAUCUCGAGCUUUCCCGAACCAUUAAUCCCAAACCCUAGAAUCAUCUUAAUCCGAAGCUCCGCACCCCCACCUAAAGGUUUCAGAACAAGAGCGAGCUCAAAUGGGCUGGACACGAAAACAGAAGACCCCAGGCCUCCUGACGAUCUUCAACAGCCCGAUCGAGAUCAAGAUGCCGUCAAGGAUUCAGGCACGUGUAGAGAACAGCUGCCUCAGAAUAUUUGCAAUUUUGUUUCAGAUUUUGUAUUCACUUUGUACUUAUCGACAAACCGAGAGUUGAAAAUGGAGAAUUUUGUCUCUGCACAUAAUGUAGUACAAAAAACGGCUGCAACUUUUGCACCGAGAGCUUCAACCGCAACCAAAAACCCAGCUGUGCCAGGCACUGUUUUAUAUGCUGUCUUUGAGGUUCAAGGUUAUGUGUCUCUUCUAUUGGGUGGGGCUCUCUCGUUUAAUCUCAUAUUUCCAUCAAACGAACCCGACAUUUGGAGACUAAUGGGCAUGUGGUCCAUCUGGAUGUUCAUCGUCUGGUCUGCAGAUAUCGUAGCCUUUUUCGGGAUGUACGCUUGGAAGCUUGGAUGGUUUUCACAGAGAGAAUAG